AUGGGCUCGAAUCGGUCCCAUACUCGCUCCCGCACAGGCUGCCUGACCUGCCGGCGGCGCCGCAAGAAGUGCGAUGAACGCAAACCGAGCUGUUGCAACUGUGAGCGGAACAAUCUAGAGUGCGACGGAUACCAGGCCCCUGUGAAGUGGAUAUCUCACGCACCUACUACUGGCAUGACACAUAGCAAGCGCGCUAGCGAGCCGGAUGAGGCCGUGUCCCCUAUUAUUGCUGCUGGCGACGACUCGGAGACGAUAGAUCCUCCCACGAUGGCACUGGACUCUGCUCGGGCGGGGGAGAGUGGCUGCCGAUCGCGUGGCACUCAAUCCCAAGAACCUCUGGUAAAUUGCAGAGGACUUCCGCGGUUACGCCUUCGCUCCAGUCUAUCGCGCAGUCCCCAGCCUUCGAUUUCAUCAAGCCCUGUCUCCUCCGUGGCGCCGGCCUUCCCCUUUCUCAUCAAUGGGAUCCGGACCGCUGACGACAAACGCCUCUUGCACCAUUUCACUCAUAUGCUAUCCCCCAAGCUUGUCCUCCAUUCCGAACCAGCCAGAAAUCCGUUUAAUCUCAUUGUGCUACCCAUGGCACUACAUGACCAAGAUGAUUGGGGUCUCUUUGAUCUUUUGCUCAGUUUUGCGGCAAGCCACCUUGUCAGGCUCCUGCUCAAGGAAUCAGGCCACCAGCCCACCGACGAAACUCGGCGUCUUCAGAAGAUCAAGUGGACUCGCUACGGGCACGGUAUUAGGCGACAUGCAAAGAACCUUUCUUCGAUUUUGAACCGUGGCGGGAGCUCGCCGGAGAACACCGUACCCAGUGACGACGACAACCAAAUCAACUAUGCCCUGGCCACCACAAUGCUUCUAUGCCAGUGGAGUACGUGCGAAGGAGGAGAUCAAUCACCCUGGAGGAUUCACUUGAACGCCAGCCGGGAGCUUGUGCGCAGGAAGGUAGAAGGCUGGCACGGUGCCUCUGGGCCUCUGUCGGAGGCCAGCCAGAUGCUGCUGGAGUGGUUUUUCUUCCACGAUGUCAUCUCGAUGGUCACCUUCCCUAGUCGUUCAUUCUAUAUCGACUUACAAAGUGGAACUGUAGAGACUGUUGGUAACUCCAGUCCGUCAGACACCUUGCCUACCAUAUUUAAUAGGCGGCCGGUUUCUGAAAUACUCUGGAUUGGUCCUAACGAUGGACUCCUUGAGAUCUUAGAGCGUAUUCUAGCCCUUCGACAAGGCCAGGUUUCAAUACCUGAGGGCACCCAUGACGAACAUUCCUUGGAUACGUCCCUCCAGCUAGAGACGUCACGGACAACACCUACGCGUAGGUCGUCGGACGCUCAUUCUUCUUCUGGCAGGGCAGGUGGUUUUACUGCAUCCAGAAGGAUGUCUAAUGUACUCCGUGACCAGUCCGACAAAGGGUUUGACGUAGAGCAGUUCUUCCAGGUCCUCGCGAUUGAAGAUGCUCUACGAGCCUGGUGUUUCAACUAUCUCAACCGCCAGCAAUUGGCUGUAGGUGCUAGCUACCAAUGUGCUGCCUACAUUAUGCUAUACUUUACCCUCUAUCAAACAUACCCCUCGGACGACUCUAACGUGCGAAAUUGGGUUGAGUCGCUCAUGCAGCACCUUGGUGCUAUCUCAGAAACAGAUAAUGCCCAAACCUGUGCGCUCUUCCCCUUGUUCAUCUGCGGUGUCACCGUGAAGAAUCCGCAGGAUCGCGAAUUCGUCAUUGAAAAGGUCCAAGCAUACAGCCGCUGGUCGGGCAUGGGCUAUAUUGACGACGUGGUCAGAUUUCUGAUGGACUGGUGGCAGGAGCAAGAUCGUCUAGAUGCCGCCUCGUCAGCUCAUCCUUUGCCAACCUUUGCCGAUGCAGAUCCUGGCCAAUCCACGCCGAGCUGGUGGGCGUGGCAGUCUUUCAUGAGACGGAGGGAACUGCAGCUUAUCUUAAUCUGA